AUGGCCACGUACAAGCGUGAGGAUCUGCGGCGCGUAAGCUUUACCAACCUAGAUGAGCACUGUGAUGAGGGCAUCGUGUAUGAGCUGUGUCUGCAGUUCGGGCGCAUUCAAAACAUUAGCUGGCCGACUGAAGUGAACCUCAACGGCAUGCCUCAGCGCGCCUCGCGUUGCUACGUCGACUUUGAGAACGCCGAGGACGCCAAGUACUGCUUUGAGGCUCUCUACCGGGCGCGCAUCAAGUUGUUCAAUAAGGAGCUGCGCGUCUUUCACGCCAGCACCGAGCUGGCGCAAGGUGGUGCUGCGGGCUCACAGAGGAGUGGGGCCGUGGUGGUUGGCUUGCACGAGGUGGGUGCCAAGGUGGUUGUGCGCAACAUUGAUUACCGCGUCACGGAGUUUGACGUGACGCGGUUCUUCGAGAGCUUUGGCCAGUUCGCCGCCCCGCCUCGCAUGCUGCGCGACUCCGUCGGUAACUUUCGCGGUGUUGUCGUGCUGUCGUACAAGACGUUUGAGGCAAGCGACCGCGUUAUUCGAGACAUGGACCAGAAAGUGUUCCGCGAUCGCGUCAUUUCUGUGCACUACGCGCUUAUGGAGGACGGGAGCGGGAGGCUGCACGGCACCAAGGAGGAGCGCGCGAACGCCGCCCUCAUUCGCGAAGAGGAGAAGCGCUACCGUGAGAUGGUGGCAAAGGAGAUGGCGGUGAUGCGGCAGGAGCGGCAGCAGAAUCGUGUGCAGGACGCGUCAUGGGCUGAGAAGGUGAAUGUCUACAACCACCUGCGUCGCUGA